UUCAUUCAACAAAUCAAUUCGCCUUCAUGUCAACAAACUAUUUGUGAAAAUAAUAAGUGUUCCGAGUUCUUUUCUUCUUUGCUGCCAUAACUAACAGAAUGGAGUACGUUGAUUUUAAUGCCAAAGGUAUUGCAAACAAAGAUAAUGGAGAAAUCAUCGAAAUCAGAACAAACACUAUAAAGUGUUGCGAAUGUGGUGUAUCUAUACAGCCCAAUUCACAUAAUAUGUGCUUGACUUGUUUACGUGAGCAUAUUGAUAUAACAGAGGGAAUAUGCAAGCAAGUCGAAUUGCAGUACUGCAAGGGUUGUGAGCGUUUUUUACAACCUCCCGGUGAAUGGAUAAAUGCAAAAUGGGAAUCCCGUGAACUUUUGGGACUGUGCUUGAAAAAGCUGAAAGGUUUAAAAAAUUUAGAAUUGGUUGAUGCUUGUUUUGUAUGGACAGAACGUCACUCAAAACGUAUGAAGGUAAAACUGGUAGUGGAAGGAAAUGCCGCUGAUUUUUCUUCACUGCGCCAGGGUGUUAUUAUCGACUAUUCCAUUCAGAAUCAGAUGUGCCAUGAAUGUCACCGUGUUGAAGCAAAGGAUUAUUGGCGUUGCGUGGUUCAAGUGAGACAGCAUGCAGAAAAUAAGAAGACGUAUUUGUACUUGGAACAAUUAAUUUUGAAGCAUAAGGCUCAUGAAAAUACGUUGGGUAUUAAGGCCGUACAUGGAGGUUUAGACUUUUUCUAUGCAGCUGAAAACCAUGCCCGCAAAAUGGUAAGUUUCUUGGAGAGUAUGGUUCCUGUUAAAGUAACACAAUCAAGGCGUUUAAUAUCACAAGAUCAAAACAGCAACAUUCAUCACUAUAAAUAUACGUGGUCCGUAGAAAUUGCUCCACUAUCAAAGGAUAGUCUUGUUUGUCUUCCACGAAAGCUCAGGCAUCAACUCGGAAACUUGCCACCACUUUGUUUGGUUUAUAAAGUAACUCAUGGAAUGCAUUUGAUGGAUCCAUUGACAGCACAACUGUCCGAAUUAACCGGCCUAAAUUAUUUUCGUUCACCAUUCGAUGCCAUAUGUAAUCCCAAGCAACUCAUUGAAUUUAUUGUAAUGGAUAUUGAGCCGUUACAAGAAAAAGAAAUUAGAAAAACAGCCGGAAAGGGCCAAAAAUCUUGCCGUCAUCAAUUGUGUGACAUUUGGUUAGUGAGAGCUUCGCAACUAGGUACUAAUGAAAAUAGCACACAUACCCGCACACACCUCGGCCAUGUUCUCAGCGUGGGAGAUUCCGUUAUGGGUUAUAGCAUGCGAGAAACUAAUAUCAAUGAAACAGAAUUUGACAAAUUAAAAACAGAUCAAAUUCCAGAUAUAAUACUCGUUCGUAAAUGUCAUGAUCGUACCGCCCGCAAUAAACAACGACUUUGGAAACUUAAACACCUUACAUACGGUCCUGUGGACGAACGCAUCGUUAGAGACAAGCUCGAUUUUAUAGAGGACUUAGAGGAGGAUGCUGAGAUUCGUAAAAAUGUUAAUAUAUAUCGAGACCAUACAAAAAUCGUUGAACCAAAUAUCUCUGAUACUGCUGUAAAUGAAACUACUGACACCAUUACGGCCAUAGAUUUAGCCGAAAUAAUAGAUGAACUUGCUAUAAAUCUUGACAUACAUUCUGUAAAUGAGGAAAGUUGACAAUAAGGUGCAUAUAUUUACAAGAAGAAGGUGCAAUACAUAGGAAUACGUUACUUAUACAAAUGUAUUUUAUUAUUUUUUAAAUAACUAUAUACACAUACAUACAUAUGUACUUAUUUAAAUGUCUGUUUUUAGAAAGAAUAAUAAAACAAAUUAUGCUAUUUUAUUUUAA